AUGCCGGACGGAGUGCGCCGAGGCUCGUUGGCGGACGAUGCGUACUCUCUCUCGACGACGCCGGACGACGAAGAGAGACUGAUGGCACCCGACGAGAGCACGAGUCUGCUGGGUGCCGGUACCGCAAGCUCCUACGCUGGGUCGGAGGACGGAGCGCCGCCAGCAGGCAAAGACAGCUGGGACGGAUAUGAGGAAUUCGCCGGCCUUCCCUGGUACAAGCAGCCUUCUGUCUACUGGCUGCUUCCUCCAUAUGCCCUCUUCACCUUGGCAUUUGGUGGAUCCGUAGUGCCAAAGCUCAACCUUAUCAUCGCUCUUGUCUGCCAGCGCUACUUUUCCGAGCAGACUGUCGAUGAUCCCACCUUUAUUGUCACCCCCAUCGUGCUUGGUGGUGACAACCCACAGUGCGCCAUAGCCGAAGUGCAGCAAAAUGUUGCAACAUUCAUGCUGGUUCUCAACGUCAUAGUUGGAGUCUUGAGCGCCUACACCACGCCCAAGAUCGGUUCAUUAUCCGACCGGUUCGGCCGCAAGAAGUUGCUGGCCCUAACUUCUGCUGGCGGUGUCCUUGGCGAACUUGUGACGAUAUUCACGGCCAGGUUCCCAGACGUCAUCCACUAUAGAUGGCUCAUUCUAGGGGUUAUCUUUGACGGGCUUGCUGGUUCUUUUACGGCCGGCUCUGUUCUCAGCCAUUCGUACACGAGCGACUGCACACCUCCUUCGAAGCGUGGCGUGGCCAUCGGAUAUAUCCACGCGUGCCUUUUCAGCGGCCUGGCCUUCGGACCUCUCCUCGCGGGCUAUUUCGUCAAGUGGACUGGAUCUUUGCUCUCCGUCUUCUACGUCAGUCUCGCAUGUCACCUAAUUUUCAUCGCAUGCGUCAUCUUCAUCCUGCCAGAGUCCGUAUCAAAGCGACGUCAGCUCUUGGCCCGCGAGAAACACCGCUCUGACCAGACGAAGCGCGACCAGCGCACACGGCAGUGGGCAUCACAAUAUUUGGCGACUGCAGAGGGCGCGACUUCCUGGUUCUGGUCAUGGCUCGCGUCUCCCAAAUAUGCAAAUGCUGCCGCAUCGAUCCGGUCAGCGAAUCCCUUGGAGCCGCUCAAAGUCUUGGCCCCAAGAGGCCACGCAAACAAGCGCGUCCGACGAAAUCUGAUUCUCCUCGCUGCCAUCGACACGGUCAUCCUCGGCGCGGCCAUGAGCUCUGGGCAGGUGACCCUGCUGUACAGCGAAUUCAUCUUCCACUGGGGCAACUUCGAGACAUCACGAUUCAUAUCUCUGGUCUCCCUGGUCCGUGUUGUCGUGCUGUUAAGCUUACUGCCCAUCAUAAAUUAUAUAUUCCGGACACGGCCCGCCCAGAAACGCCGCAGGGAAUCGGGUGCCAUCGCAGAGCGAAGUGCCGGUGCGGAUGGCCUGGAUGUGUGGCUUCUGCGCAUCGCCAUCGUGUCAGAUGUCAUCGGAAUCACUGGGUACAUAUUCGUGCGCGCUGAGGCGCUCUUUGUUCUAUGCGGUGUGAUCACCGCCUUUGGUGGGGUGGGCUCCGCGACUAUCCAGGCCGCCUUGUCCAAGCAUGUCCCUGCUGAGACGAUCGGACAACUUCUCGGCGCGAUUGGCCUGCUGCAUGCGCUAGCCAGAAUUGUCAGCCCGGUGAUAUUCAACGGGCUGUAUGCAGCGACGGUGAAGACCUACCCGCAGGCUGUAUUUGUUCUUAUUUCUGGAAUCUUUACCACGGUACUGAUCUUGUCCAUGUUUGUGAAGCCUCAUGUAUACAUGACGAAAGAGGAAGAGAUUGAGGAAGAGAGGCCAGUUCGGCCGAGUACGCACCGAGAAGACACUCUGACCGAAGACGAGGUUGUUCCUCAGAUCUAG